AUGCCGCGGCCGAGGGGCAGCAGGCCCAGCGCUGCCGCGGCGCACGCACGGUCACAUGGGGGCGCCGGCGCGGCGGGGGCCACGUGGGGGUGGUUCCGCUCCGGCGUGGCCCUCGCCUCGUCGUGGCGCCGGGAUGCGAGAGCGCGAUGGCGAGCAGCGCAACGUGGUGGUUGCUGCGGCGGUGUCAGCCGCGCAUGUGAAACCGCCGUGCCCCUGGCCGCGGGGGACGACCGGCUCUUUUGGCUCCCCGCCGGGCUCUUGACUUGCUUCCUUUCGCUCUGGCCUCCCGCGCUCCCGAUGCUUUGCUUGGGCAAUUUUCAGCCCCUGUUCAAGGACGGCAAGGGCUGCGGCUCCUGCUACCAGAUAAGAUGCACCAACCACGCUGCCUGUUCCGGCAACCCGGAGACGGUGAUCAUCACCGACAUGAACUACUACCCGGUGUCCAAGUACCACUUCGACCUCAGCGGCACGGCCUUCGGCGCCAUGGCCAAGCCCGGCCGCAACGACGAGCUCCGCCACGCCGGCAUCAUCGACAUCCAGUUCAAGAGGGUGCCCUGCAAUUACCCCGGGCAGAAGGUGACCUUCCACGUCGAGGAGGGCUCCAACCCCAUGUACCUGGCGGUGCUCGUCGAGUUCGAGGACGGCGACGGCGACGUGGUGCAGGUGGACCUGAUGGAGGCCAACUCCCGGUCGUGGGCGCCGAUGCGCGAGUCCUGGGGAUCCAUCUGGAGGAUGGACUCCAACCACCGGCUGCAGGCGCCCUUCUCGCUGCGCGUCACCAACGAGUCCGGCAGGAAGCUGGUGGCCAGCCGGGUCAUCCCGGCCAACUGGGCGCCCAACAACUACUACCGCUCCAUCAUCCAGUAUUAGCCCUGCAAAUGGAUGCAUGCGCUCUGUAAUUCCGGUGUCAUUGGCCGGCUUAAUUGUAUAUCUUCGCUGCGUUUACUAGGUAGCAAUCCAGUAAUUAAGUGAGACGCCAGAAGCCCGGCAAUGCCGUAGGUGUUGUGUCUCAGCAAGGUUGGCAGAUGAGUAGGAGAUGAGGAGGCCAGUUUGGAUGUGCUUUCUCGCCCGGUGCCAAUGUAAUUUUCAGUGUGAUCAUCAUCAAGUCUAUAAUUGGAAAACUGGUUCUGUGUGGCAUUCAGAACGGACAUGCUUCUCCA